UAUCCGAUAGCUCCCAAAUCAAAUGCCCACGGGUGUGCCGCUGCCGCCAUGACCCAUGAGCGCCAGCGCCACCACCUUGCGCGACGCCGCGGCGAUCUUCGGCGCCCUGUCUGCCGCCUCCGCCGCCCAGCUCCACGCGCCCGCUCUAAAGCUCGGUUUUCUCCCCUCCUGUCUCCACCUCUGCUCGUCCUUCCUCAAGUCAUACGCCGCCUCCGGCCGCCUGGCCUCCGCGCGCCAGCUGUUCGACGAAACCCCCCGCCGGGACAUCCCUCUAUGGAAUACCCUCGUCUCCGCCUGCGCGCGCUCCCGUCAACCCCAACACGCCCUGCUCGCCGUGUCCUCCAUGGUGGGCGAGGGCUCCCGGCCCAACAACCUCUCCGUCACGAGCCUCUUGUCUGCGUGCGCGCAGCUGAGGAGUCUGGUGCACGGGAGAGAGCUCCACGGGUAUGCCGUGAGGAAUGUCCCUGUUCUUGAUCUGCGCGUUCUCAAUGCGCUGGUGAGCAUGUACGGGAGAUGCGGGCGGUUCUCUAAAGCCAGCGCGGUGUUCGCCGGGAUGGGGAAUAAGAGCGUGGUUUCUUGGACCUGCAUGAUCAAUGCUUGCUGCGAGAAUGGACGCCCAGCAGAGGCGCUGGCGGUGUUCAACGAGAUGAGGCUUGCCGUUGUCAAGGUCGAUGAGGUCACCCUGCUCGCAGUCAUCUCGGCGUGCACAAAAUUGGAUUGUGCAUCGGAGUUGGGGGAGUGGGUGGAGGAAUAUGCAAGCGAGAAUGGCUUCUUGGAGAAAACCCGUGUCGCCAAUUCUUUCAUCCAUAUGCAUGGUAAGAUGGGCAGGGUGAAGAAGUCAUGUCAGAUAUUUGACUCCAUGAGUGCAAGGACUGUGGUGUCAUGGACAGCCAUGAUACAGGCACUUGCUGUGCAUGGACAUGGGGUGGCUGCCCUUGUCCGUUUUUCGCAGAUGCUCAGACAAGGGUUCUGGCCUGAUGAGGUUAUCUUCUUGAGCAUGAUCAAUGCUUGUUGCCACUCCAGGCUAGUGAGUGAGGGACGCCAGUUGUUCAAGUCCAUGGUUGAAGAGUAUCACAUCACACCAUGGAUGGAGCAUUAUGGAAGCAUGGUGGACCUGCUGUGCAGAUCUGACAUGUUAGACGAGGCGUUUGAGUUUGUUCUGGCCAUGCCUGUGAAGCCUGAUCCUGCAAUAUGGCGUGUAUUGACCGGAGCAUGUCGUGAUCAUGGAAAUAUCAGUUUAGCGACGAAGGUGAUGGAUCAUUUGAUCGACAUGGAGCCAGACCAUGAGGGGAAUUAUGUGCUUGCGUCAAACUUAUAUGCUGUCAAUGAGAACUGGGGACGUGUUGUGGAUGUAAGGGUGGAGAUGGGUGUGAGGAAAGAGACGUCAAGAUGCGGUACUGCCCUUUCUUACAUUGAAGUCAAUGAUGAAGAAAAUGCAGAAAGCUUCUCUUCUGCACAACAGCAGUAACAACUUUUCAACUCCACUGCUAUGAGAUUUGCUUGAAGUAUAAUUAUGAAUUUUAUUUGCAAUUACUACUAGCUAGCAUCCACAGUUAUGCAAAUUUCUAUACAAAUUCAAGAAUCUUAGUCUUCUGCACAAGAUGCAAAAAGGUAGGCUAUUAUUGGUCAAAUUGGACUGUUGGUCUGGUGGAGGAGUCUUGCUAGUUGUUAUUAGACAUAUAUGUGUCAGCUGUCAACAUGCCUGUCCUUUGAACCUUUUGGAACAUCUUUGUAUACAUAUAUAUCCCUCGUUGAUUAGUCGUCUUAGGCGAUGUCUA